UUCAAAAUUAAUGUUUACGAAAAGAACAAAAAUUUGUUAAAUAAAUUAACUCUUGGCCAACAAAAAAUAACAAACAGCAGCGCUGACAAAAUAUGGCACGUCAGCGUAGAAAUGCACCGGUAACAAAUGGCAAUAACACACAAAAGUCUAAUAAAAGUAAUAUUGGCACGAAUUCUACAAAUUCGAGCGUAACGCCUACGAGUGCCUCGACUCAAAAUAAAACCAAAACACCUGCAAAGCAACACAAUGAUGCGCAUAGCUCCAGUACCAGUGGAUCCAGUUCCACGUCAUCGGCAGCUACUGCGAAAGGCAAAGCUACACAGCAGAAGAAAAAGUCUGGCUUUAAUUUUUGCUCGCCCAACAUUAUACUAGAUAAAUGGAAAACAUUAAUCGGCUGUGUUUGUUUAGCUGUGGCCUCAUAUUUCGGCUAUUUAGGUUACUUAGAAACUCGUGUAAAUACACCUUUUGAUAAUCAAAAAAUGGUGCAACGCACUGGACUAGAUGAUCCAGACCGUUAUUGGGGCACUUAUCGUCCGCUUAAUUAUUUCGGCUUAAAGACCAGAGAUCCGCACUCACUGGUGAUGGGCUUAAUGUGGUAUCAGCCCACUAAUCUUGGGCACGGUGGUAAAGGCAUUAGGCAUUGGUGCGAAAUAAGUGAUAAUCUGGAUAAGUAUGGUUGGACGCAUCACGAUGGGCGCUCAUUUGGUGUACAAGAAAUACAUGAUUUGCCAUAUGAAAUAAAAACUUCGUUCGUCAAGUUUCCUAGUGGCAAACAAUUUGGUGGUGAUUGGACAGCACGUAUAUCGGUGCGUAAUACAACCAAAGCGUGGGACAAAACUAUAUCACUGAUAUGGUAUGUGGCACUAGACGAGCGAACUAAUGGGCAUAUAAAAUAUGUUUCAGAUGAUAAGAAUCCAGAGUCAGGGGUUUAUGGCGAAACAUUAGGAUUAGGUGAAUUCCAGGUACGCUUUCACCCAAUUAAAGGCCGCAUCUUACACAAAUCGUAUCUCAGUACAAUUGCGCCAUCCUUAAGUAAACUUAAAGAUACAGUUUUUCAAUAUUUCCGCGCAUUUCCGGAUAAACACGGCAAUCGCUACAUUGGACUGCCCGGUGAAAUGAUAUCACAUAACGGUGCUGCCGCUGCAGAUCCAAAUUUCAUUGCCAUACAAAUCACCGCUGAAAUGGAUUUCACUAUGGAUAUAACAUAUCAAUCCACUUCUGGCUUCUCCAUUGGAGAACUUAUACCAAAGCCACCCAUAGCACGCGAAUUCACGAACAAUCUGCAGGCAAAGAUCGCUGAGUUUGAUAAUCGUUUCGAAAAUACUUUUCAGUUGCGUGCAAAAGGUUUUACGGCUGAUGAAAUAAAAUUCGCUAAAUCCGCUCUAAGCAAUAUGUUGGGUGGCAUUGGCUAUUUCUAUGGUUCGAGUCGUGUGCAAUCUGUUUAUACGAAAAAUCCUGUGCCAUAUUGGAAGGCUCCUUUAUAUACAGCAGUGCCAUCGCGUUCGUUCUUCCCACGUGGUUUCCUUUGGGAUGAAGGUUUUCAUGGUUUGCUUUUAUCAGCUUGGGACUUAGAUAUUGAAUUAGAUAUUAUGUGUCACUGGUUUGACUUGCUUAAUGUUGAGGGUUGGAUACCACGUGAACAAAUUUUAGGUGUGGAAGCGUUAACAAAAGUGCCUGCAGAGUUUGUCAUACAACGAAACACAAAUGCAAAUCCUCCAACUUUCUUUUUGACGCUGAAAAAAAUACUAACGCAUCAUAAAAACGAAUUAUCAAUAAAAGGACGUAUUGAUAUAUUAGAACGGCUUUAUCCACGUCUACAAACAUGGUUCGCUUGGUACAAUACAACGCAAAGAGGUGACAUCUUGGGCACAUAUCAAUGGCGUGGACGUGAUGCCACCAGUGAAAGAGAACUCAAUCCCAAAACACUUACAUCAGGCUUAGAUGAUUUUCCGCGUGCUUCGCAUCCUACCAGUCAGGAACGUCAUGUUGAUUUACGUUGUUGGAUAGCAUUUGCUGCUAGCGUUAUGGGUGAACUGUCGACAUUGUUAGGCAAAGACGAUGUCAAGUACUACGAAACGGCCUCAUUUCUAACUGAUAAUAAACUUUUAAAUGAGCAACAUCUUAGUCCAUUCACGGAAUCGUAUGCAGAUUGGGGCUUGCACACAGAUUCCGUAGUGCUUAAGCGACCACAGGUGACACAGAAGAACCAACAGAAAUACCAACAGCAGCAGUUGGAAAUGGUGCGCGUUACACUUAAACAGCCGGACUAUAAAUUCGUUGACACAACCAAUGGCUAUGUAAAUUUAUUUCCAUUUCUACUGGAAAUACUUGAGCACGACUCACCAUAUUUAGGCAAAAUACUGCUGGACAUACAUAAUCCAGCGAAGCUCUGGACACAAUUUGGUUUACGUUCCUUAUCGAAGUUAUCGCCACUUUAUAACAAGCGUAAUACAGAACAUGAUCCACCGUACUGGCGCGGCCCAAUUUGGAUUAAUAUUAACUACUUAGUGCUGAAGGCGCUGCGUCAUUAUGGUAAAAUUGAAGGCCCAUAUGCAGCGCAGGCACGCGAUAUAUACAAUGAAUUACGUGAAAAUGUCGUUGGAAAUAUUUUCAAGGAAUACCAAAGAAGCGGUUAUAUAUGGGAACAAUAUGAUGACACGACUGGACAUGGUAAAGGAUGCAAUCCCUUCACCGGUUGGAGUGCGUUGGUUGUACUUAUAAUGGCCGAGCAUUAUUAGAAAUUUUAUAAAUUUUCAAUUUAAAUAAUUAAGUAGUUUCUCGAUUUUACGAGUGGAAAUUAAAAUUUACUAAAUUUAGAGAAAACGAUAAAGUCUUAAGCAGUAAAAUAAAUAACCAAAAUAGUUAGCAAAGAAUUUGUGAAAAUAUUAGAGGUAUUCACGAUUUGGAGUAAUAACUCCGUUAACCGAGUAACAGUAACAGUGCAAAGCGGCACGAACAAAAAACAUUUACACGAAGUGCUACUCGGUAGCCGCGAAUUUUACCAAAGAUUGUGAACACCACAAUUAUUGAUUUUAUAUUAUUUUUUGUAUUUAUAUGUAUAAAUUUUUUUUGUUUUUGCAGAUAAUUAAGUUAAACUUAUUUAUUAUUAAUGUGUUAUUAUUUUAAUCUUUUACUUAAUUAAUUGUAUCGCUUCGUAACGACGUGCCAACGAUUUUUUAUUAAUUUAAUUAAAUGUUUUUUUGUAUGUUCAUAAUAAUUGCUGGUACUUUAAUUAGUUUAAAAAUAAUUUAAAGAGAAAACA